CCUCCACACUUUGGACCAUUUGGACAUUUUCAGUUUGGAGUGUGACAUCAUGACUACUCUUUGGGUGUUGUUUAUUUUCUUAAAUUUUGACUUGCUUCUGAAAGCAGGACACUGCACGGAAUCCGGUGGUCAAGUUUUAUCAAUAACCCCUAACACUCAAGAACAAGUGGAGAUUUUGAAGAAUGUGUCCACACAGUACCAGACAGUUUUAUGGAAGCCUGUUUCACCUCACAAUAUCAAAGAGUUAACUCAAGUCCACCUCUACGUUCCUGCAAAGAGCUCCGAGACAGUCAGGAACCUACUGCAGAGGCAGAACAUUGACCAUGAAGUGAUGCUGCCCAAUGCUGAUGUGAUUAUUGAAAUGCAGAUGAGGAAUGACUCCACUGACCCAAGAAGUGGGUCGACAUUUUACCAUAGAUACCACACUUUGGAGGAUAUCUAUGACUGGAUUAACAGAACAGUCCAUGAGAACCCUAACACGGUUAAAGCUAUUCUUGUUGGCUCCUCAUAUGAGAAGAGGCCGCUUUAUGCUCUAAAGCUGUCUCUAAAUAACAGGCCAAACAAGAAAGCCAUGUGGAUCGACUGUGGCAUCCAUGCCAGAGAGUGGAUCUCUCCUGCUUUCUGCUUGAUGUUUGUCCACUACUCACUGUCAUUUUACAACCAGAAUCCAGAUAUCACUCAGAUCCUGGACAACAUGGAUGUCUAUGUCAUGCCUGUCAUGAACCCCGAUGGAUACAAGUACACCUGGACAAAAAACAGAAUGUGGAGGAAGAACCGUUCCUCCAAAAAGAAUACGUCAUGCAUUGGAGUCGACCUGAACAGAAACUUUGAUGCCAACUGGUGCACAAUAGGAGCCUCUCCUGAUCCCUGCGAGGAAAUCUACUGCGGUGCCUUCCCUGAGUCAGAGCCAGAGUCCCUGGCAGUUGCCAACUUUCUGCGCAGCCACAAGGACUCCAUUCAGAUCUACUUGAGCAUCCACUCCUACUCUCAGAUGCUCAUCAUCCCAUAUUCCUGCUCCAUGGAUGAAGCUGAUAAUCACAGUGACCUGUAUGAGAUGGUCAAACAAGCUGCAGAGAACAUAAGAAGAUAUUAUAGGAGUGUCUACACAUAUGGACCUGGAGCAAAGACAAUUUACCUGGCCCCUGGUGGCUCUGAUGACUGGGCGUAUAAUAUCGGCAUUAAAUACUCCUUCACAUUUGAGCUCCAGGACCGUGGCCACUACGGCUUCCUGCUGCCGCCUUCCCAUAUUCAGGGCGCCUGCAAUGAAGCUCUAAUUGCAGUUAAGACCAUUGCUCUGAAGGUCAUAGAGAAAACCCAAACUGAAACGGGUCCUCGUGAAACUGUCUGAGAGGGUUGGAUAUGCAGAUUUAGCUAUGAAGUUAAAUGUUUUUAGUUAAAAACUGAUGCACAAUAAUGGACAAAAAAUUAUACAAUCACAAGUACUUCAAAAACAAAUAAAUAAAUGUAAGUCAUUGAA